AUGGCUUCCACAGAGGCCUCCUCGCGCGUUCACGAUCGACCUACCCGACGCCGUCCCUUUACAACCUGGAUGCGCCGUCUGGCCAAUCUGAAAACCCUCCACGUCGAUGCCGGCGAUACCUCUGCAAGUCCCAGACGGUCCAAUCUUCCCAUGACCAUUAAAUCCAAAAAGGGCAAUAUUGCAAAGAACAAUCCAUAUCCAUUGUCCUCACGUGCAGAGGCACAGAGCAAUGGUCCCACCUCAGUCUCGGCACCACUGUCGUCUCAACGGUCGAGACACAGCUCCGUAUCACAGAGCAAGCAUUCAAUGUCGGUAUCUCAUGAAAGCCAGGCUGGAAACAAAUCAAAAGCUCCCACUCUGGCCACGCAGGCAGAGACAGCCAUGUCGGACGCUGCUCCUUCCGGCGUUGGGACCAGUGCUACAGCAGCAAAGACCGACGGUGGAAGAGAUAGUACAUUCUCGUCUCCUGCGCCGUCGGUUCGGUCCAUGGCCACGACUCUGACAACAGUGCAGUCAAUUGCGCCAGGAUACAAUCAUCCCGCAGCCCCCAUGGCAACAAACACCUCCAAUGCAAGCGUCCCGACUCAACACUAUCCUGGCCAGCCAGCCACUGCUGUUCCAGCGCACCUAGCACCUCAUGCACACCCUACCACCUACCAUUCUGCUACCGCUAACAAUGCACUGACCGAUGACGCUUCAAUUCUGACUCUCGCCUCAUCCUCUAAGCGACGCCGGCGGAACUCCGUCGAUACCAAUGCCUCCAUGAAGGCCUUGGCGCCAGCUUCGAUGUUCGGUGGGAGCCGCGAUUCUCUUCCUCUCUCUGUGUUGUCUGGAACCAUCAUCCAUCCCACUGCGGACACGGCUUCGGUUCGCGACGGCGGUGGAGUGGCGCACACGCGGUCAAACUUCAGUGCGGAGAGGUCAAGCCUGAUUUCGACGUCUGGCGUCACUGCACCGGCACUGGCAAGCGAGCGAAAUAGCUACAUUGGCAGCAAAUACGGCGACGGCGCCAGUGUGCGGAGCGGACUGCUGGGCGCUGGACACGGGCGUAAUGACAGCAUCAGCGGCAGCAUAGGAGGCUACCGUGAGAAGGGUGAGAAGGACAAAGAGCGAGAGAGAGAUCGCGACAAGGACCGUGAGACUGGGAUGGUUACGGCUCCCACAAGCCCGCUAGUUGAUGGGCCAGGCGUUGGAACUCAAUACACCACGGCCCUUGGAGAUGUGUCAAAGACGCUCGAUAGGGAGGAGAAGAUCGGUGCUCUCGAAGGCUGA